CAGCUCCUCUGGAAGAGCUCCCUGGAUUGCUGCAGAAAUGUCCCACAGGAAAAUGCACCUGACUCUCUCUCUGGUCCUCAUCCUCUGUGGCCUUCUUAAUAGCAUCUGCUGUGAGAUGAAACAAAGAUCCAAAUGGAAUAUUUACCCAGUCUCACCAUGGAAAAUUUCACCCAUCCGCCACAAGAUAGAAGCUGGCAAUAAGGAUUUCGCCCACAAAUUGUUCAAAACCCUGUUAAUGGAGCAUCCCAGAAAGAAUAUCAUCUUCUCCCCUCUGAGUAUCUCUGCCUCCUUGGCCAUGCUUUCCCUGGGGACCAGAUCCACAACACUCACUAACCUCCUCGAGGGCCUUGGAUUUGACCUCAAAGUCAUGAGGGUGUGGGACGUGCACCGUGGCUUCCAGAGUGUCGUCCAGAUGCUGAAGCAGCUGAGUAGGGAGGGGCACCUGAAGCACAGGGACAUGCUCUUUAUCGAUAGCAACAGGAAGAUCAACACCCCGUUUCUGUGGGACACAGAGGGGAUAUAUGACGUGAAGGCCCAGAUGAUUGACUUUCGAGAUGUAAAACACACCAAGAAGCAAAUCAACCACUUUGUGGCUGAAAAAAUGCACAAGGGAACCAAGAGAUUCAUCACCUCUCUGAACCCUCAUACCUUCCUGUUUCUUAUAAAUUACGUUUUCUUCAAAGGCAUUUGGAAAAUGGCUUUUCAUACCAACCUCAUGCACAAGGAGGACUUCUUUGUGGAUGAGCACACCACAGUGCAGGUGGACAUGAUGUGGAAGAAGGAACACAUGAUUUAUAGCCGAUCGGAGAAGCUGUUUGCUACAAUGGUUAAAAUUCCUUUCAUUGGAAACAUGUCCAUAGUCCUUGUGCUCCCAGAUGUAGGACAGCCCGACUGUACUGUAAAAGAGAUGGUUGUUCAAAGAGCUACACUUCUGAAAUCCAGUGGCAUGAGAUGGGUGCACUUAAUUAUGCCCAAGUUCAAGAUCUCCUCCAAGAUAGACUUAAAAAAAAUACUUCCCAAAAUGGGCAUCAGCAAUGUGUUUACUACAGCAGCAGACUUCUCAGGCAUCACAGAGGAGGAUUUCCCAGCUAUUUUUGAGGCGAUACACGAAGCCACAAUGGAGGUGAGUGAGGAAGGCAAGAUGGACACCCCCGAGGACAUGGACUCGAGCAACGCCAUCCCCUGGCAUACACAUGCUGCAGCCCCCUUGGUCGUGAAAUUCAACAGACCCUUCUUCCUGUUUGUGGAGGAUUGGAUGACUCAACGAGCAAUCCUCAUGGGCAAAGUCUUCAACCCCAUAGCUGAGUAGAGAUGGGGCCGGGCUCGGCGGAGCUGGAACCCAGCAGCUCCUGAAUAAAGUGAAUAAAAUUCACUGCUAUUGAAUCAACAG